UUUGCUUUAAAGCCCCGGGUGGGUCGGCUCAGGGCUGUGCAGCGUGGGGCACUCUCGGAGCCGCGGGGCGCAGGGAGCUGCGGCCGGAGCAGGGUCCCUAGAAGCGCCAGAGGGGCCGGCAGGAUUGGGGCGCCUCCACUAGGGCAGGGCUGCCAGGGGUGCGGAGUGGCCUCGUCGCUUCAGAGAUGGCGCGGCACCUGCGGUGACAGUCUCUCGCCCCGCGUCCUUGGGCGAGCAUGGAGCGCCCCGAGCCCGAGCUGAUCCGGCAGAGCUGGCAAGCGGUGAGCCGCAGCCCACUGGAGCACGGCACCGUCCUGUUCACCAGGCUGUUUGACCUGGAGCCCGACCUGCUGCCCCUCUUCCAGUACAACUGCGGCCAGUACUCCAGCCCCGAGGACUGCCUCUCCUCCCCCGAGUUCCUGGACCACAUCAGGAAGGUGAUGCUCGUGAUCGAUGCUGCGGUGACCAAUGUGGAGGACCUGUCCUCGCUGGAGGAGUACCUGGCCGGCCUGGGCCGGAAGCACCGUGCAGUGGGUGUGAAGCUCAGCUCCUUCUCGACGGUGGGCGAGGCCCUGCUCUACAUGUUGGAGAAGUGCCUGGGCCCUGCCUUCACACCAGCCGUGCGAGCAGCCUGGCGCCAGCUCUACGGGGCCGUGGUACAGGCCAUGAGUCGAGGCUGGGAUGGCGAGUAAGAGGCAUUUUCUGCCCAGCAGCCUCCACCUGGUGGCCUUCAUCUGACUGUGUCUGUCUGUUGGUCUGUGUCUGGUGUAGCCUUGUCCCCUUGACCAUACUGAAGGGGUGAUGGAGCAGGGCUGGGUCCCCGUCCCACCCCCACUUAAGUACAGAGGGGUGUGCCUUUCCUCUAGGAAAGGGCUUCUGGAUUUCCCUGCACCCCAGUGGCUUCUUCCCUGCCUCCUUCUCUCCCUCUGGUGUCCCCUCUUCUGCCAUGAGGAGGAGCAGCAUUUUGGGGGCAUUGGCGUCCUGGGUCCAGGGAGGUAUUGGGCUUUGAGAGAAGGGGCUCUUCCAUCAGCCAU